GUUUCAAAUGUAUUAAAACUAGACAUGAGUACAAAUAAAAUGUCACUGCGAGCAGUUCCCCUCGCCUCUGUUACAAUAGGACCGCAAUCUUGGCGCGACGAUACGGUUCGCGCUUUACGGCGCGCAGAAAUCCUUUUGCGGCAAACCCACGCAGGACGUUCGGGAUCCAGCCGCCCUCGGAGCAGUGGCGCUACUGGUUUUACUCCAAAGAAGGAUGACACAAUGGUAGAGGAUGGAGGUGAUAAACAUUCCGUGUGCAAAGUAAAACUUAGGCCCUCUACGACAGGAACAAUGUUCCCUUAUGCCACCCCCACCACAUUUGAGGCCCCAUUUCCCCCUCCCUGCUUGCGAGAGCUGUGUGCAGAGGCUAGUGUGGGGCUAGCACGAGAGUACAUGCGCAGAGUGAGGGAAGUGGAGGGCCAGUUACGUAGACAGGCUGUCCAGGUGGGACAGGAGGGCACCAAGCUGGAGCGGGAGAGAGGCCACCUGGAGAGAAUGCUGAGGAGUCUGCGGAAUGAACUGCUGAUCAACCAGAAGAGUGCGGAAGGAAGGACCAGGAGACCAGCCACUACUGAGACUGGCAGAGACGGAGCAGACCAUUUACUGCAAUGUGAAAAGGUGGAACUCACUAAACUGAAACAGGAACUGGAGUGCAUUCUGAGAAACACAUUGUCACAACUACAGACCCUGGGUCAGUGCAGCCGGCAGCUGUUGGAGUGUGCCAGUGAGAGAGCCCGUGUUCUAGAACUUUUACCCAGCACUGGAUCUCUGUCUUUGGGACGACGUGGAACUCCCUCUCAAGGUUUCACAGAAGUGGCAGACCCCAUCGGCCCCUUCACACCAGAAUGUAAGCAUGUUCUGGAGUCCUCCACUCAGGCUGUGAAACAGUCACAGCUGCUGAGGGAGAACAUCAGACAGAUAAUUGGGAAUGCCAUCGCCAGGCAAAAAGCUGCUCACCGUACUGUCAACGAAGGCCUGGUGAAGAAAAUAGCCGAGACUGUGACUUUAAAGCAACAUCUCACAAUGAUGUCUGCAGCCACAAGGCAGGCCAUUUUUCGCAAACAGAGGCAGCUGAACUGCAUUCGUCACAGCCAUGACAGUGCUCUGGGACCAGAGUACAGUGGGGAUGUGCUGUCCAGAGAAAAGCUGACCAGACCUAUAGUAAAUGUUUACCACAGACAUCCUGGUACUCGGUUACCUGAGGCUGCUCAUCUCAUACAGGUGACAAACACCUACCAGUGUCUCUUAUCUUGUGUCUUUGUCUUUUUAUUGCACCCAUUUAUAAAACCAAUACAUUUAAAAAAAAAAAAAAACAUUCAGCAUGGCCCAAAUUGUAAUUUGACAUCCCCCAAGCAAAUAUUCCAUCAACAUCAAUUGAAUCAAUUAAGAGAAGCACUUGUACGUUCUUCUCAGGGUAGCUCAGUUCUCCGCCGCUGUCUGCUUUCCUCCGAGGAGGAGCUCUCCAGGCUACAGGGCACAUGUCUGCAGCUGGUGGACAACCUGCAGGGAAAGAGGGCGGCAGAGCUUGUGGACUGUUCUGUGGUCAGGCUGCGGACGCAGCUGGUAGACAGACGAGCUAUACCCAUGUUUCUCCAACAGGGGGUGUACUAAACUCGUAUAUAUUACUCCGUUCAUCUUUCCUUGUGUUCUCUCCUCACCUGCUUCUCAAGAAGAGUUAAGAACCACAGUCCAUCCCCUCUGAUAAGGACCGGCCUAAGGAAAGAUGUAUUGAGAAACAGCUCCUGUAUAAGCCUAUACACAAACUGCAUGAGUGCUUUAUCCUGGAUAAGGUCAAAAGACUGACUGAUGUGUCGGACCCAUUCACAUGUGGCAUACCUAAGCUAUACUAGUACAUUUCAUUUAGAACUGGCUAGGUCCAAUUUGAGCAGGACUGUGCUUAAGGUUUAGUAUGCAAAUCUUUUGACCAUUGAAUAUUUUUUAUUUCCAAAAAUCACCCCACCAUGUUGAAUAACUAAUGUAUUCAAUGACAAAUGUUUACUUUCUUAAUUGGAGUUAUGGCUGUACUAAAUAGGUUGUUGACAGAUCUGUAAUAAUAUUUACAUCUGGAAAUCAAUCUAUGUAAUGGAAAUAAAGUUUGAAAUGCAUCAUGGAAAAUCAA